AACAGUGGCAUCCGCUUCCCUUAUAUGCGCCAUGGUAAUCUCCGAGACCAUAUCCGCAAGAACCACGCGCACGUGGACAAUGCGACCAAGGAUACCUGGAUCCAGAAUGCAGUUCGCGUCGUGCAAUUCAUUCACAGCCACGCCGUGAGCCACGGAGACAUCAGCGCGCGCAACUUCCUGGUGGCGGAUGACCUCUCACUCAAGCUGUGUGGCUUUGCCGGCUCGGGCAUCGGCGACAUGCCGCCGCUGGUCACGGAAGAGGACCGGUAUAGACUGUCUCCUGAGUCCCCUCGAUCCACUCAGACCGAUCUCUUUGCCCUGGGCUGUCUGAUCUUCGAGAUCGUGGCCGGGUACCGCCCGUAUGAGGAAAUCGGUGACGAUGAUUGGGAGACAAUUGCACAAAACUACUCUCGAGGAAUUUUUCCGCCGGUGGAGGGUAUUCGAUAUGGAGACAUCAUUCAUCAGUGCUGGACCUCCCGAUACGCCAAGGCUGAUUAG